AUGUCUGUGCUGUCUCUUCGCUGGCAUCCAGGACCCAGCACCCAGCACCCACAGGAGGACCCAGCACCUGGCACCCACAGGAGGGCCCAGCACCCGGCACUCAGCCCCUGGCACCCACAGGAGGACCCGGCACCCGGCACCGAGCCCCCGGCACCCAGCACCCGGCACCCACAGGAGGACACAACACCUGGCACCCAGUCCCCAGCACCCAGCACCCGGCACCCACAGGAGGACCCGGCACCCAGCCCCUGGCACCCACAGGAGGACCCAACACCUGGCACCCACAGGAGGACCCAGCACCUGGCACCCAGCCCCCAGCACCCAGCACCCGGCACCCACAGGAGGACGCGGCACCCAGCCCCCGGCACCCACAGGAGGACCCGGCACCUGGCACCCACAGGAGGACCCAGCACCCGACACCGAGCCCCCGGCACCCAGCACCCGGCACCCACAGGAGGACCCAACACCUGGCACCCACAGGGGGACCCAGUACCCAGCACCUGGCACCCAGCCCCCAGCACCCAGCACCCGGCACCCACAGGAGGACCCAACACCUGGCACCCACAGGAGGGCCCAGUACCCGGCACCCAGCCCCCGGCACCCACAGGAGGACCCGGCACCUGGCACCCACAGGAGGACCCAGCACCCAACACCGAGCCCCCGGCACCCAGCACCUGGCACCCACAGGAGGACCCAGCACCCGACACCCAGCCCCCGGCACCCAAAGGAGGACCCAACACCUGGCACCCACAGGAGGACCCAGCACCUGGCACCCAGCACCCAGCACAGGACCCGGGCAUCAUGGAGGUCCACACCCAGGCUCGCCGCAUUGCACACUACCACGGGAGGCGGGGGUUUGCACUUGCUUACAUGUACACCCCACGAAAUUAG